UGUCCAAUAUUUCUCCUUCGUUUACUCCAGUGAUUGAUGGUUAUUUCUUACCCGACCACCCCGCAAAGAUGCUGCAAACCUACCCGCUUAAUGCCCAUCAGUUCUUCACGGGUACCACAAGGGAUGAAGGGUCCAGUUUUGCCGCGUAUUUACUUUCAGACAUGGAUGUCAAAGCAAGUUCCAUGAAAUCUCUAUUGAAAAUCAUGAACUGUUUUUGCGGUUAUUUGCCAGGCGUCAGUGGCAUUGUGGGUUCCGUACUUCAGCAUUAUCUUCCUUGGCCUUAUGAAGCCGGCAAUGAAACUGUCAUCUUACAAAUGUUUUCAGAGUUGAUGGGAGAUUAUUAUAUAACUGCUCCAACGCAAGUAAAUGCUGAUACACUCCAAGCCAGAAACAUCACAGUUUACUUUUACCAUUUCUCGUAUAUAUCGGAACUCAGCCAUUUCACUUCAAUCCUUCACGGCUCCGAACUCUUCUACUUGAUUGGCGCACCAUUAGGAGGACACGCUAACUUCCGUUACGAUAACAGGGACCGAAUGAUGUCCCGCUAUUUGAUACGUUUAUGGGCAACAUUCAUCAAACAAGGUUUACCCUCUUUGAUGUCGUUAAAAAACUUCUACAUUGACCGAUACACAACAGAGAAACCAAUCUACGCUCUGAUAACUAAAAACCAGCGUGGUGAACCUCACAUCGAAAUGAAUAUCCGUUUCAAACCCAAGAAAAUGGCAUUCUGGAACAAGAUAGUACCAGAAUUACGAAGACGUGAUUUACAUUUUGCAAAUUACGAGAAAAAUCCGUACGAGCGACGCCUGCCGCGAGACAGCAUCGAACCCGACCCGGCUUGGGGACUUAUGACUGCAUGUAUACUACUGUCCAUCUUAGUGGUUGUUCUUGCGGUGUUCUACUGUCGGACACGACAUCUUGUCAAAAGAUUAUUACGUCAAAGUAGCGUCUCUAGCGGAACUUGCAUGAUAAACCAUGUAAAUUAACCAGGGGAGACGACUAUUGAACGAUUUUGCUUAAUAUUUAAUUACACAGGCGGUCUGUCUGUUAGGGGCGAUUCAGUCACUUUCAAAGACAACUCUGUGUGUGUAUGUGUGUGUG